CAACCCACCACCUCCUUUUUCAUUCUUUCUCUUCCCAAAUAUAUAAACAUCUAAAAGCAAACCCCCCACUGCAGCUUCACAACCAAGCCCUGUUUGGGUGUUCUCAGCUCAUGGGUUUCUCUAAAGCAUUCCUUUAUGUAAACCACUCAAAGUGGGACACUGUGCAGGUUUUGAGCAGGGUUUCUUUCCAAUCCUACAUAUGGGUGAUGUGGGAUAGUCUCAACUAGGUCUGGUAUCUUCACCAUCUCCUCCAUUGCUGAUCAAUGGUCAAUGUGCAUGGUGUCAAACAUGGUGCCACCAGACGCUACAUUAUAAAUAGGGUCACUAUACCUUUACCCUUCUGCAUCUUCUCCUCCAUUUCCAUCAGUGAACCAAAAGAUGGAUCAGACCAAACUGCAUUUGAGGCUUCGCUGUUCUGGUUCCACAUUGUCGGAAGAAUCAGCACCAAAUCAGGAAAGGAACUGUUGCUGUCAUUCUCAUCUGCCUUCCUCAAGUCUACCUACACUUCAACCCUUUGCAUCAGCUGGACAGCACUCGGAAAGUAAUGCUGCUUACUUCUCUUGGCCUACCUCUAGCAGAUUAAAUGAUGCUGCUGAAGAGAGGGCAAAUUAUUUUUCCAACCUUCAAAAAGCAGUGCUAUCCGAAACUCCUGGUCCAUUGCCAAAAGGGCAGCAAGCGACCUCCUUGCUUGAGGUCAUGACCAUAAGGGCAUUUCAUAGCAAAAUCUUGCGUUGUUACAGUCUUGGCACUGCAAUUGGGUUCCGUAUUCGAAGGGGCAUGCUGACUGACAUACCAGCCAUUCUUGUUUUUGUUUCCCGGAAAGUCCACAAGCAAUGGCUGAACCCCAUCCAGUGUUUUCCCAAUGUGCUAGAGGGGCCUGGAGGUCUAUGGUGUGAUGUGGAUGUGGUUGAAUUUGCUUAUUUUGGUGCACCUGAGUUAGCUCCCAAAGAACAGUAUUAUACUGAGAUUAUGGAUGACCUGCGUGGGGGUGAUCCAUGUAUCGGUUCAGGUUCUCAGGUUGCAUCCCAAGACGGUUUUGGAACGUUAGGUGCUAUUGUGAGGAGUCAAACUGGCAACAGACAAGUUGGUUUUCUCACAAACCGGCAUGUUGCAGUUAACUUAGAUUACCCAAGUCAGAAGAUGUUUCAUCCUUUGCCACCAACACUUGGACCUGGGGUAUAUCUUGGUGCAGUGGAGAGGGCUACUUCAUUCAUCACAGAUGAUCUUUGGUUUGGCAUCUUUGCUGGAAUAAACCCAGAGACAUUUGUGAGAGCAGAUGGGGCAUUCAUACCAUUUGCUGAUGAUUUUGACAUGAGCACAAUAACAACAUUGGUAAAAGGUGUAGGAGAGAUAGGAGAUGUCAAGAAAAUAGACUUGCAGUCUCCAAUGAAUAGCAUUAUUGGAAAACAAGUGGUGAAGGUUGGGAGAAGUUCUGGGUUGACAACUGGAACUAUAUUUGCUUAUGCCCUUGAGUACAUCGAUGAGAGAGGGAUGUGCCUCUUAACAGAUUUGAUUGUUGUUGGUGAGAACCAACAGACAUUUGACCUUGAAGGAGACAGUGGAAGCCUCAUUGUGUUAACUGGCCAGGAUGGAGAAAAGGCAAGGCCAAUUGGCAUCAUAUGGGGUGGAAAUGGUAACCGUGGCCGAGUUAAGUUGAAAGCUGGCUUACCCCUAGAGAAUUGGACAAGUGCAGUUGAUAUUGGGCGCCUUCUAAAUCUCCUUGAACUUGAUCUCAUCACAACUAGUGAAGGGCUCAGAGUGGCAUUGCAGGAACAAAUGGCUGCCUCUGCAACAGCAAUAGGCUCCACAGUUGGGGACUCAUCACCCCAGGAUAAAAUGCUUCCAAAGGACAGAGCUGAAGAGAAAUUCGAGUCUGAGGGUUUUCAAAUCCAGCAUGACCCAUGGGAUGAUGGACUUGGCAGCCCAGAUUUGAAUCGACCAUUAGUGGAAGCAGAGUUUCUUCUGGAAGAUGGGGUGAGGGUUUGUCCUUGUUUUGAGCAUCAGUUCAUACCUAGCUUCCCUGAAGCACCUCCUCUCCAUGAAAACAUUGAACAGGCGAGGGUGACUCCUGAGAAUCUUUCUGCAUUGAAGCAUGACACUGAUGAAGAUGAUGGAGCAGCGAUUUCAUUGCAGCUAGGUGACCACGAGCCAAAGAGGACGCGGUUGGAUCCUUCUUCCAAUACAGGAUAAACAAAAUGAAUUGGUCUUCUGGCCUGAGCCCAGGUUGAUUGCAAAUUCAAGUUAGACAAAUGAUGGGCUUUACAUAUUGGACGGAAUUGUAUGGUGAGGAGAAAAUUUGAAACAUUUAAGCGACGAUGGUUAUCAACUUCUAAGGACUCGAGGAUCAACUCUCCUUACUCAAAUUACAACAUAACUCGAACAUAAUCUAAUGUUUUGAAUCAUCAACUAGAAUGUUAUGAGAAGAAUGCUAUGGUUUUAUGUAUACAUUGCCUAAUAGAAGAGUGCAUUGAAGUAUA